AUGAAUCAAAACUCUCAAAAACCACAAACAGUCUGGUACAUCCCGUGGCAGCCGUACUUCGAACAGCUGCAUUAUCAAGUCGAACGACUGCACGAAACCCUGCACUCCCUGCUUCAAAAGCAACACGACUUGGAAAGAAGAUGCACACAGCUAGAAUUCUUCGUCUACGCGCUAACAUUGUUGGCCGGACUACGACAAAUGGAAAAUCAACGCCAAAAUGAAGAAGAAGAAGAAGAAGAAGAAGAAGAAGAAAACUUCAACGAACAUGAAUAA